GGGAGGCAGGUGGAGAGCAGCGGAGCCCUGAGCCGCGCUCCCGGCCCCACCAUGGGCAACAGCGCGGGCCGCAGCGACUUCGAGUGGGUCUACACGGAGCAGCCGCACACGCAGCGGCGCAAGGAGAUGCUCGCCAAGUACCCGGCCAUCAAGGCCCUGAUGCGGCCGGACCCUCAUCUCAAGUGGAUGGUGCUGGGGAUGGUGCUGGCGCAGCUGCUGGCCUGCCGGCUGGUGCGGGGGCUGGCGUGGCGCUGGCUGCUCUUCUGGGCCUACGCCUUCGGGGGCUGCGUGAACCACUCGCUGACGCUCGCCAUCCACGACAUCUCGCACAACACCGCCUUCGGCACUGGCCACCCUGCCCACAACCGCUGGUUCGCCAUCUUCGCCAACCUGCCCUUGGGUGUGCCCUACGCGUCCUCCUUCAAGAAGUACCACGUGGAUCACCACCGCUACCUGGGCGGCGACGGGCUGGACGUGGACGUGCCCACGCGCCUUGAGGGCUGGCUCUUCUGCACGCCGGCCCGCAAGCUGCUCUGGCUGGCGCUGCAGCCCUUCUUCUACUCGCUGCGGCCGCUCUGCGUGAACCCCAAGGCCAUGACCCGCAUGGAGGUGUUCAACGCCCUGGCGCAGCUGGCGGCCAACGCCACCAUCUUCACCCUCUGGGGGCUCAAGCCCAUGGUCUACCUGCUGGCCAGCUCCCUACUGGGCCUGGGCCUGCACCCCAUCUCGGGCCACUUUGUGGCCGAGCACUACAUGUUCCUCCAGGGCCACGAGACCUACUCCUACUACGGGCCCCUCAACUGCAUCACCUUCAACGUGGGCUACCACGUGGAGCAUCACGACUUUCCCAGCAUCCCGAGCUGCAACCUGCCCCUGGUGCGGAAGAUCGCGCCCGAGUACUACGACCACCUGCCCCAGCACCACUCGUGGGUGAAGGUGCUCUGGGACUUUGUGUCUAAGGACUCCCUGGGGCCCUACGCCAGGGUGAAGCGGGUGUGCAAGCUGGCGGAGGACGGCCUGUGAGCCCGAUGGCCGGCGCCCCGAGUGCACGGACCCUGCUGCCUGCGCCUCAGUGCCCGGUGGGAGCAGGGCCUGUGCUCUCUGGUUGCUGCCCGGCCUCGCCCUGCCCACCUGCUGCAGGGCUGGCCGUCACCUGUCCCCAGGGCGUGUAGUGCCCAGAACUGGUUUGGCUGCAUUUGGUUCCCGCACCCCAGGCUGCUGCUCUUGUCCCCCUGGAGCCCCGAGGCCACGCCUGGAGACAGCGGGCACGGGUGGCAGCCUGGAGAAGCUUGGUCUGCAUGUGGACUGGUGACCGCAGGCCGGGCCCUCCCUUUCAGGACGUCACGGGCGAGGCCUGGCCCGGCGCUGGGUGCUCUGUGCCCAGGGAGCUGAUUUCUCUGGCGUGCCUAUGCCCUAAAUUAAAUCAGCAUUUGUUU